AACGAAGCUGGCGUGGUCUAUGAGAGUCGGCUAUUUCCGUGCUCCGAAUGCGCUGGACACUUAAAACUCGGCUCUUGUUGCAUUACCAGAACUUUACAGACUUGAAGAACGCUAUAGGAGGCAGGCUGUUAAAUUCAUAGCCUUUUACGCUUCAUCCCCAGCAGCUUGAGUAAAUUUCAUCUGAGAGAAAUAACACUCUACGGCACUGCUGCUUGCACAGGUUCUAGAUGUAGAGCUGUGGCAUGAAUUGUCUUGGACGGAAGAUGCCAUGUGAGAGUCUUUGAGAAAUUACCCGAGGACAGCAGGACUGAUUGUGGUGAGCCGUGUGAGAGGCCAUCCAGACCGCGUCCAUGGCAAUGAAUGGAGCGGUGGCCACUGAGCCGCCCGCCCAGGAUGAGAACACGGGGCAGCACAGCUGUGCCAAGGCAGAGCGUCUCUCUGACAGCGCAAAGAAGAUGAGCCUCCCGACCAGUGCCCAGCUGCCCCCGCUGACUGAGAGGAAGAACGUCCUGCAGCUAAGACUGCAGCAGAGGAGGACACGGGAGCAGCUAGCGGACCAGGGCAUCAUGCCUCCUCUGAAGAGCCCGGCUGCAUUCCAUGAACAGAGGAAAAGUCUUGAGAGAUCCAAGACUGGGGAUUACUUAAAACAUAAAAUUAGAAGUAGACCGGAGAAGUCAGAUUUGGUCAACAUGCAUAUUUUACAAGACUCAGCCGAGGAAGGCUCCAUACAGGCCACUCAGAUGAAACUAAAGCGAGCCAGGCUUGCCGACGAUCUUAAUGAGAGAAUUGCGCUAAGACCAGGCCCUUUGGAGCUGGUAGAAAAGAAUAUCAUUCCGGUUGAUUCAGCUGUCAAAGAAGCUGCAAUGAAAGUGCACCAUGGCAAGUUCCCCAAGAAAGAGGACUCAUAUGCGUUUGAGGAGGACAGCAGCAGUGACAGCCUGUCUCCUGAGCAGCCCCACAGCAAUGAGUCUCAGGGGUCCGUGUGCUCCUCAUCAGAGACCAAGAGCAGUGACUCCUCUUCCCCAGCAUUACCCAGUAGCAGACAGGGAUUUCAAAACAGGGAGAUAAAUGGCCAUAUUUCUUCCCCUAAUAAUCAAACGAGCCAAGAAGAAAGCCAACCUAUGAUGAACAACAAUGAACUGACCCCACCUGUACCUGUUCCCGCAGUUGUAAAGAUGGAGCAGUCAAAAUCAUCUGACAAAAACCGUCACAAAAAGCUGAAGGACACUAAGCCCAAGGUAAAGAAGCUCAAGUACCACCAGUACAUUCCGCCAGACCAGAAAGCGGAGAAGUCGCCUCCCCCGAUGGACUCGGCCUACGCCCGUCUCCUGCAGCAGCAGCAGCUGUUUCUGCAGCUGCAGAUCCUCAGCCAGCAGAAACAUCACCACCACUCCCAGCAGCGCCAGCAGAACUUCAGCUUCCAGCCACUGCACUCACUACCACACAAGCAGUGCAAUGAACAACUUGCAAGGAAUGUGAAUGCUUCCACAAGCACCGUGACCAGUAGUUCCUCAUCUCCUGUGAAGACAACUUUUUCUGGACAAACCAGCAUUUCACCAAUGAAGCCAGGACCUUUACCCUCUAAUCUGGAUGAUCUUAAAGUGUCUGAGCUGAGACAGCAGCUGAGGAUACGAGGCCUUCCUGUAUCUGGCACUAAAACAGCACUCAUAGAAAGGCUGCGGCCCUUCAAGAACCCCAAUGCGAGUCCACCACCCAGCUCCAAUGACAUCACAACCGUUACCUUUCCAGUGACCCCCACUGGUUCUCUGUCAUCGUACCAGUCUUCAGGUUCAACGGGUACCAGUGGCUUCUACCCCUUCUGCAGCACCAGUACAACUCCACCCAUUUCACCGGCCUCAUCUGACCUCUCGGUCAGCGGGUCGCUGCCAGACAGCUUCAGUGACGUCACCAUGUCCUCCCCCCAGUUCGGCCUGCAGCCCUCCCCGUCCCACCUGAGCGCAGACGAGGGGCUGGCGGCCAGUCUGAACGGGAGCUGUCUGCAGGGGGAGGCCGAGGGCCUGGAUGCGGAGAAGGACAAGAUGCUGGUGGAGAAGCAGAAGGUGAUCGAGGAGCUGACCUGGAAGCUACACCAGGAGCAGCGGCAGGUGGAGGAGCUGAAGAUGCAGCUGCACAAGAGGAAGCACAGCCACAGCCAGCAGGAUCUGCAGGCCUCUCCCCAGCAGCAGCACCACCUGCAGGCUUCACCCAAGCACCAGCACCAUCUGCAGCCUCCGCCCCAGCAGCAGCAUUUCUUCAGCGUGUCCAUCAAGCAGGAGCACGUGGCCUCCAGCUGCCCCCUGUCCUCGAAGCAGCUGAAGAGCUCUCCCAGCAGCUGUAUGGAGAGCCUGGGCCACGGCGGGCCACCCUCCCUGCCCGGCCUGGCAGGCCCUCGCUGCCUGGACCCCUCGGCCGGGGGCAGCCCCUCCACGCUGUCUGCCUUCCUCAGCCCUCAGUGUUCCCCUCAACACUCCCCUAUCGCUAAGGCAGCUGGGAGCCCACAACACAACAGCCUGCCCUCUUCCCCCCACAACCCCUACCUGCUGUCCAUCUCUUCAGGCACGCUGGGUGCGGAGAGCCAGAGCCACUCUCCACAACAGACCGGUGGCAGGCCACAGGCAGCACAGACCCAGCAGAAGAACAUUGGCCAGCCUGUGAACUGCUCCUACUCACCCGAACAAAGGAGUUUACAGCCACUGUUCCCCAUUUCUGCCAACAGUGGCUUUAACCACAGGGAUCACUCAAAAGCAAAGAACUCAAAUAUGCAACAGAAGAUGGCAAUAUUACACUCUCCCCGGCACGUGGGUCAAAAGUUUCCCAUCUCCUCUGCUACCUGCUGUAGCUCAGAUUCUGCAUCAAAGAUAAAACGGCCCCCCUGCUAUGAAGAUGCAGUAAAGCAGCAGUUGACCAGAAGCCAACAGAUGGAUGAACUUCUUGAUGUGCUUAUUGAAAGUGGAGAAAUGCCAGCUAACGCCAAAGAAGACAGGCCCUGUGUAACCAAAGUUGUGCCUCACAUUACAGUUUCGUCAGGAAGCUCCAGCAUCCCAGUCCCCAGAUUCCACAGGCACUAUGAGCACUUGUCCCCAUCCCAGCUCUCCUACGAACAUGGAACCGGCAAUGGGGAUGGCCACCUGGAGGCCUUGUUGAACAGUCCCAUGGGCAGAGUGGGCGAGAUCGUGAUCCACAAGAUGGCCUCUGAGGAAGGGCAUGUGGAGGACACAGGGGAAGGCUUUGCAGCUGCCCGCCAAGAGAAACUGCUCAACAACCGUGAAAUGAUGGACACGCCAGUGUCCCCAAUGGAUGCCAGGGUGUCUUCAGUCAAUGAGGGCCAGGGGCUCAGUAUGACUUUCACAGAGUCACCAUGGGAAACCAUGGAGUGGUUGGAUCUCACCCCCCCGAGUUCUGCAACAGGGUUCAGCUCCAUCCCCCCAGCUGGGCCCAGCAUCUUCAACACGGAAUUCCUGGACGUUUCAGAUAUCAACUUGAAUUCGGCCAUGGACCUUCACUUAGAGCAGUGGUGAACGGGAAGCACUAAGCACCAAAACAGAGCAGCCACUCACAGACAUAGUUAAGAGUCACAAAUGUAUUUUUACUGUACAUCCUGAUAUUUUUAUAAAAAUGUACUGGCAUAGAACAACAGCAGGGGCUUUUAGAAUAUCUUUGCCUUUCUGGACAUGAUGCACACAAUUAAAGUGGGCAGUCAAAAGUUACAUAAACAGUUACAUAGUUACAAGUUACAUAUGUAUUUUAAAAGAUUCUCAGCAAAAAAUCUAGCAAAAAUGAAAUUACGCCUACGUUGGACAACUAUGCUCAGUUGCAACAAACAGCGUUCACUAUGCAAUUAGUUUUGGUCAAAAAAAACUUGAAAAGCCACAUUUCAGUAUUAUGACUGUGCAUGGUGAGGAAAGAAUGCAUUUAGUUUACUGGAAACAAAAACUUUAAACUGAAAAGAAGAUGUCUUUAUUUUGGUUUUCGUAUUGGCAAGAGAAAUACAAAUUUUCAAUGGUAUGAAGAUUUUUGUAAAUAGAUUAUUAUUGGCAUUUGUAAAAAAUAAAAUAAAAUAAAAAACAAG